GAAGACGACGAAGACGCACGAAACUUACGAGAGUUGCGGAAUCUUAGGCGACAGGCCACGAUCACGCAGCAGCAGAUGGCUAGCAUGCAAGAUAUGAUCAAUCAGCUUUUAAGCCAGCUGAUGGCCACCUUGAAUGAAAAAAAGGUGUUAAAGAAACCCAAGAUGGCGCCACCCGAGAAGUAUGAAGGAGGAAGAUACGAGCUACGACCAUUCCUCACCAACAUGGACCUAUAUUGCGAAUUCAACGAAGUCCCGACUGACCAAGGAAAGAUCCUCAUGGCCAGUACCUAUAUGAAAGGAAGGGCAGCAAACUGGAUUCAACCAUACGUAGAAGAUUACGUAUCGAACAGCGCAGACCAAGGUACAAGGGCUGAGACACAGUCCUUAUUCGCCAGUUGGAAACACUUCAAGGAAGAGAUGGGACGCAUCUUUGGGGAAGUAGACGCCAAGAACCAGGCAGAGAAAGCGAUAACUCGCCUGAAGCAGACUAAGUCAGUCUCGAAGUAUACGGCAGAAUUUAAACAGCUACAGGCAAGAAUCGAUUGGGAUGAUGCUGCGCUACGAACCGUAUUCGAGGCAGGACUGAAGGAAAAUAUAAAAGACGGUCUUGUACACCAUGAAAAGCCAACAACGCUUCACGCUCUGAUAGAGCUAGCCACGCGAAUUGACCACAGGCUGUGGGAACGAUAUGAACAGAAAAAGACGUUCCAGCCCACGACGGCUAAUAUGAAGAAGCAACGCAAC